CCUCUACAGUUUGAUGAUAUAUCUAAAACCUUUAUUCAGCUUAAGUACGUGUUAUAAAUAGAAAGUUGUGCAACUUCAAAAGGGCAAGUAUUGAGUAACAUAAACUAUUUAGUACGUGUUGUUAUAUAUAAACAGAAAGUUGUGCAGCUUCAAAGGAGCAAGCAGUGAGUAAAUGGGGAGAAUGGAAGGAAGGAAUGAAAUUAACUUCGGAAACGCUACCAUUCUUGCACUGGGCAAAGCUUUCCCUCAUCAGCUUGUUAUGCAAGAGUUUUUGGUUGAUGGCUAUUUCAAAAACACCAACUGUGAUGAUCCAGAACUCAAGCAGAGGCUCACUCGACUCUGCAAGACAACUACAGUAAAAACGCGGUAUGUGGUAAUGUCAGAGGAGAUCCUAAAGAAAUAUCCUGAACUAGCUGUUGAAGGCCUUCCAACAGUCAAACAAAGAUUAGACAUCUGCAAUGCAGCAGUUACAGAAAUGGCAAUUGAAGCCUCACAAUCUUGUAUUAAGAAAUGGGGAAGGCCAAUUUCAGACAUUACACAUGUAGUCUAUGUUUCGUCAAGUGAAGCUAGAUUACCAGGAGGUGAUCUUUACUUAGCCAAAGGACUCGGUUUAAGCCCGGAAACUAAACGUGUUAUGUUGUAUUUUGCUGGUUGUUCUGGUGGUGUCGCGGGCCUUCGUGUUGCUAAGGACAUUGCUGAGAAUAAUCCAGGAAGCAGAGUCUUGUUAGCUACUUCUGAGACUACUAUAAUUGGGUUCAAACCACCUAGUGUUGAUAGGCCAUAUGAUUUAGUUGGUGUGGCUCUUUUUGGUGAUGGUGCUGGAGCUAUGAUAAUCGGAUCUAACCCGAUUCGAGAUAUCGAGAGACCUCUUUUUGAAUUGCAUACUGCUAUUCAGCAUUUCUUGCCUGAUACAGAAAAGAUCAUUGAUGGCAGGCUUACUGAAGAGGGAAUUAGCUUCAAGCUAGAAAGAGAACUACCUCAGAUUAUUGAAGAUAAUAUUGAGGGUUUCUGUGACAAGUUAAUAAGUAUUUCUGGAAUUAAUGAUAGAGAAUACAACAAAUUAUUUUGGGCAGUUCAUCCAGGUGGUCCUGCUAUUUUAAACAGGCUAGAAAAAAAGCUAGAUUUGUCUCCUGAGAAAUUGAGUGCUAGCAGAAGGGCUUUGGCAGAUUAUGGAAAUGCAAGUAGCAAUACAAUUGUGUAUGUGCUGGAAUACAUGUUGGAGGAGAAAAAAGACAUCACUGAUUGGGGAUUGAUUCUGGCAUUUGGUCCUGGGAUUACAUUUGAGGGUAUUCUUACAAAGAAUCUCACUAUUUGAAUCGUGCGUCAUUGACCCUUGGAAAUUUUUCGAUAAAUCGAAAAAAAUAAAACGAAAAAGAAUCUGACUAUUUGAAUAUGAUAAAAGAAUACUCGAUGCAAGUCCUAUUGUUGAACCUUUUCUUUUUGUUGUCUACUAUAUAACAUAAUUUGAGUAAGAGCAAUGAAGUUUGUCAUAAUAAUCUAAAUUAGAUUGUUCAUCGAUAAUUAAUUAGUAUUCCUUCUGGUGUUUUAU